GAGAAGGAGGAUUCGGGAUCAGCAGUCUCGGCGAUAUCCAGGGAGUCCAGAUGGGUGGCUGAUAUCCGAGAGAGACGGCGGCUGCAACCCAGUGAUGUCCCUGUAACGAUGCCACCUCUUGCGGCGUUGAGAUUCAGCCUCCUGUUCUUGUUCGGCUGCAGUGUGCGGGGAGCCUCCAGCAAAGCGCUAAACGUGCAGGAGGUGUCUAUAAAAGUGCAAGUUUUUGAUAACGGUGACCUCUCUCCUCUGGCGGAGGCUGCAGUGGACAUCUACACCAACCAGUCCUGGUUGGCUGCAGGAACCACGGAUAAGAAUGGAGUGGCGCUAAUCACGUUACAGUACCGCCUGGGAACACGGCUGAUUGUCAGUGCUGCAAAAUAUGGCUUUGUGACUAAUUCUGCUCCCUGGCAUUCCAACAAAACGCCAUUGUUUACGUCGGUGUGCCUUUAUCUCCUUCCGGAACGGCCAGCUACCCUAAUGCUAUAUGAUGAUGUGGUGCAAAUCCUAUUAGGAUCACCUGGUGCCAAGAAUCAACCAUGGGUCCAGUUCCAAAGGAAGAAUGUUGGGCUUCCAGAAAACACUUCGUACAGUGAUCUGUCUGCCUUCCUAACAACAGCCAAUGAUGAAGUGGAAGGAUUCCCAUAUUUCUUGGGCUACGAAGCCAAUAAAACAGUGAACCGCUCCAGGUUUGAACUGACUCCUGUGGCUGCAAUCAGCAUUCACCUGUUCACCAGCAAUGGUUCUGACAUCAAAGUCUCGGGCCCCAUUAAGGUGUCUAUUCCUUUGCCCACUGACAGCCUUGUGACAACAACAAGGAACAUCCCUGCCUGGAGGUUUGACAGGAAGAUUGGGGCUUGGGUCAAUAGUGGAACUGGGAUGAUCAAGAAGGAUGGGAACCAGCUCACCUGGUUGUACCUCGCUCCACAGCUGGGCUACUGGGCAGCAGCUAUGCUUCCUUUAACCCAAGCUGCAGUCAGCCCAUCCAGGUUCGGAGACAUCACCACCUACCACACCAUAUUCUUGCUCACCAUUCUUGGGGCUAUGGCUCUCUUGGUCCUAGUUCUGCUGUGUUUGCUUCUCUAUUACUGCAGGAGAAGAUGCCUAAAACCACGGCAACAGCACAGAAAAUUGCAGAUUGCUUCCACUUUGGACAGCUCCAAGAAGGACCAAGCCACCUCCAUGUCUCACAUCAAUUUGAUCAGUACCAGCCAUUUGGAGUCUGUGUCCUCCAAUGGAGAUAUGGACGUUCACACACCCAUCCUGAAGUCUGCCUUUAGUACAUCUCGAGAAUUCGAGAGCUCUCGAGAAGAGUUCUUCAAGCAGAUUCCGUACAGGGAUUCGGGUUCAAAAAUAAGGCACAUCAGCAAAGCAUCCACUGAUACUUUGGCCCAUCGAGGAAAUUCCAAGGAAGAUUACCACAGGACAGUGGAGAGCUUUCCAUUAAAAAUUGCAAGGUCUAUGGAUGCUUCGGGAGAGCUGGAGCCACCUUUAAUGGAUGACUACAGACGGAGCUACAGUUCGAUGGUUUCCCAACAGCAAACAGAUGAAAAGGGAAGAGAUGUUCAGGCCCGGCGCAUUUUGGCUGAAAGUAAACUUUGUGCGAAUGAUCCGCCCUCACCUCCCCCACUGCCACCACCAUUUGAAUCUCUUGUUGGCCACAAAGUGGAUAAUAAGCCCUCUGAAUACAUGAUGUCUCAGUCUGUUGAUCAUCUGGCUAGGCCCACCACAUUAUCCCAGCCAGGCCAACUAAUCUUCUGUGGUUCUAUCGAUCACAUGAAAGACAACAUGUACAGGAAUGUAAUGCCUACUUUAGUCAUUCCUGCCCAUUACGUGGGAUUAACUUCCGAUUAUCCCUGUAUGGACCAGUCAGCAAGCAGCCCAACAGAACAGUUGGAGAUGAAGGGGGUUCAGAUGGGAGUUCCCCUGUCCCACCAGCCUGGAUCCCAGCAGUAUCAACACCAACAAGUUCAACAACCAACCCCUCAGUCGGAUGAUGGAGAAGACAAAGCUUGGGGCCCCCACUCUUCUUCCAUGAGUGGUCCAAUGGCGGUAUUACUGAACGAAUCGGCAAUGGCACAGAUGAAUGGAGAAUUGCAGGCACUAACCGAAAAGAAGUUCUUGGAGCUGGGUGUAAAGCCUCAGCACCCCAGGGCCUGGUUUGUGUCAUUGGACGGGCGAUCCAAUGCUCACGUUCGGCAUUCCUACAUUGACCUGCAGACCGGGGAGAGGAUCGGGAGCAACGACGCCAGCUUGGAUUCCGGUGUGGACGUCAACGAGGCGAAGCCCGGUAGAAAGCCGAACGAGGGUCGUGACAGGCAUGGACCUGGCAACGUGGCCUACAGCAAGCUGGUCUACUUGGAUGACAACGAGCAGAGCAGCAGUGAAAGCAGAACAGCAGUCUGCUCGCCAGAGGACAACUCGCUCACUCCUUUACUGGAAGAGAAUUCCGAACACAGGGAAACCAUCCACCGACGAGAGCACAGCAGAGGUAACAGCAUGAGGAGCAGCACCAGCGAGACUCGCAGGGAUUCCACCACCAGCCCGGAGGAGGAGAUACAAGAUCAGUCUGAAGGGGCAGAUGACCAAGGUGAGAACAAAAAGAGCCCCUGGCAGAAAAGAGAGGAGCGGCCACUGAUGGUGUUUAACCUGAAGUGAACAGCGGACUUGACUUUCCCAAGACCUCGAAUCGAACCUUCGCAAGUUUUUUUUGAAAAUGCAACAGCAUCCCAUGAGAAAAUCUGAGCACAAACUAAGGAAAUCGAUGAAGUCUAAAGCAACAAACCCACCAGGCUUCCUGUGGUGGAUCCCUGUCCGAGGAAGCAGCAAACUAGUUCUCCCAGAAUUUGUGCAACUUGUUAUUGCUAAGCUGAAACGAUGGUUAAGAAAGUGGAAAGAAUCUCAGUGAAAACCGCACGUCUUCUGUAAGGGCAGUUAGAACAUGCAUUCAUGUUGACUUUGGAACUUAUUACUGAGGUUUUUUGUAAAAAAAAGUCAUUGUGGUACCAACCCACACAAUAAACUCAUUGAAUGUUGUUUUUCCUGAGGAAGAUGAAAAGACUAUAUAAAGGUUCAGUCCUUUUGUUACUUUAAUUGGAACGACCCUACCAAAUGAAGCAUUUUCUUGCUUGAGGAUCAGUAAUUUUACAUAUGUCAUGACUUUUUUGAAUAGAAGCUUUUUCAGAAGGUAGAUUUUCUUUUCCUUUUUGUGUACUGUACUUUCCUUAACUUGACCCGAAACCAACUCCAGUAGCAGACCAUUUAGAUCUGGUCCAGGACUCUCCAAGUGCCUUCUUUAUGUCUAAGUUGUGCAAAAAAAGGAGGAAAAGCAACACAUUGGCUGUACUGAUGAAAAGUGGAGAGCGAUGACAAGGAGCCUAAAGUUAGGAAGUCAGAGUUUAUACUUAUUUUGUAAUGUUCAAUAUGUGCAGUAACAGCUAAAGGAAUGUAUCCCCAUUACCACUGUGAGUUUUCCUGGACUCCGGUCCAUAUGCCAGGUAGGAGAAGCCAUCCUGCGUACAACUUAUUCACAAACUGUUCAGUACUUAAAUCUAAGUUGCAUCAGAAUUGAUUGCUCAAUUAAUAUAUCCAGUGAAAAGUGACUAGUAGGCUAAUGCCUUUUGGGAUUACCAGGAUCAUUAGUGAUGCAUUUCUAAACUUCUUGUGUAGAUCAGCUAAUUUUUGUAACAGCUGGAAGUUUGCUGCAGUCCUAGCAAACUACCCACUGAGCACAACAUUGGUGUGGCCAGGUCACUGGGUGUGGAAUGUGUGGGAUUUGUUAAAAAAGUAGACUGAACUCCCAGCUCUUUGUCCUGAAGAUCAGGAAGUGGGAUGGUUAUAGGGAUCAGUGCCCUGAAAAUGGGUGGCCAUCUACUACUGCUCUGAUGGCAUGGCACUAGAUGUUGAGAUCCAUGGAGAGAAGGAACCCAAACCCACUUCAUAUGAAGUUUGGGAUGCUACAAUGCUACUGGGACAGCAUCUACCAUUUACUGGGCAUGGCUGGCUGGAACAUGUCCAAAGAAAAUUCUUGAGGGCAAGAAACAGUUUUGACGAGAGAGCAUCCUUCUACCGAGGGCUCUUCUCGAGGUUCGGCCAGGGCCUUUGCUGCUGUGAGAUUUGCUUGCUACCCUCCAUCAACACUUGCAAAGUAGCUCGAUCACCUUUUGGUUUAGAGAUUGUCUAGGACACCGUUGGGGGAACCAAAUUCAAGUCGCAGCUUGCUGUCCUAAUGCAGAUGUGACUGGAUUCUCAAAAUGGCUUGGGUCUCUCUCUACUGGUCAACACAGAAAGUCUGCCCACUGAGGAGGUAAACCACAGUUGUUGUAAGUAACAAACUUGCUCUUCCAUUGUAUUGUCAAUUAAUGACAAAUGAUUUUUUUAUGCUUCAGAAUAUUGAUCAGUUGUUAAGAAAUCAAGUUGAGCUAAAUGUUUAAAAACACUUUUAUUUCUUUGACUCCCUUUAGUUUGAUAUUUAAGACUAGUAUAUUCUUCUGAAGGUGACUCUGAUUUGUGGUUAAAAACAUAAUAAAGUAUUUAAUUUGGGUUCUCCAAACAAGUAUUUAUUUCUUCUUCUGUUUUGGGCAUUGCUGGUAAGAUCAGCAGUUAAUGCCUGUUCCUAAUUGUUUCUAAUAAAGUGACGAGUCUCCUUUUUGAAUCACUGCAGUCCCUGUGGUGAAGAUAUUCCCAUGAUUUUCACCCUAAAAUAAUGAAGAAUCAGCAAUAUGCUUCCAAGCCAUGAUUUUGUGUGAAUUGGAGGUGAACUUGGUGGUGCUCCCAUGUGCCUGUUGCUCUUGUGUUUUAAGGUGAUAGAGGGUGUGGGGACGGUCAGAAAAGGCUUAGUGGACUGCUGCAGACUCCUGUAGAAGAGGAAGUGAAUGCUGAAGACGUUGGCUGGGGUUUGUAUCAACCAGGAUCCUUUGUCCCUGAUGGAGUUAAGCUUCUUGAGUAUUAUUGGGCUGCACCAGUAUUCUGUUAUACACUUGAAUUGUUCCCUGAAUAUGGAAGAAAAACUUUGGUGAGGUGCUCACUGAAGGAUACCUAGCCUCUAAUUUGGUCAAGGAUUUAUAUGGCAAAUUCAGUUUAGCUUCUGGUUAAUGUUGCCCCCUAGGAUGUUAUUGAAGGGGAGUUAAAAAGUCAUUGAACGGACACAUUGAAUGAUAACAUAAAUGUUAUCAACCUGCCUGUUAUCGACUUGAAGGCUGAAUAUUGUCCUGAUGUGCUACAUGUGAGCAUGGAUUGCCUCAUUUAUCUCAGGAGCUGCAAACGGAGCUACAUUACACAAUAAGUGAACAUUCCCACUUCUAGCUUUAUAAUAGAGGGGAAGAUCAUCAAACGAGCAGCUGAAGUUAGUUGGGCGUAGCAUGCCACCCUAAGGAACUCAUGCAGUUGUGUCCUGGGAACCUCAGCCAACCACAACCAAGGCUCUUUGAUCGCACACUCAGUCAAGUGCAGCCUUGACAUCAGUCUCAUCUCUGAAACUGAGCUCUUGUAUCCAUUUUUAUACUGGUGAGUGCUCCUGGAAAGCAGGUUACAUUGGUGAGCAAGUGCUGCUUGAUAGCACUAUCCAUCAUGUCACGAGUUAUUGUGACUAGACUGAUGGAGUGGUAAUUGGUGUGAUUAUAUUUGUUCUACCUUUUGUGGACAGGGCAGAACUUGGCACGUUUCUUCAUUGCUGGGGAGAUUUCAGUAUUUUAAUUGUAUUGGAAGAGCUUGGCUAGAGACAAGGCAAGCUCUGUUACACAGAUUUUCAGCAGAACAGCUACAAUGUAAGCUCUGGUCACUCUUGUAUCCAGUGAUGUCAGUUGCUGCUUGACAUCAUGUUGAGUGAAUGGAAUUUGCACAGGCCGGCUCUGUGUUGAGGAUCGAAGGAUAUAUCAUCCACUUGGCACUUCUGACUGAAAGUGGCUACAGCUUCUUCAUCCUUGCCUUUUGCCCCUUACUUGUUGGGCUGGGCCAUCAUUUUGAGUGGGGAUAUUCAAUGAUCUUCCUCUUCCUGUUCAAAUGUUCUCCAUUCUCGAGCUUUGAUCUGAUCUGGGAUCACUAACUCUGUACAGCAUGCUCCCUUCACAGUUUAGCUCGUGAUCCUGUGUUGUAACUCAAUUUAGUAAUAGUUGUUAGCUGCAGGAAAUAGUUUUGCCAUUUUUGAUUUCUUUUUAUGGAUCAAGUAUUAUCCUGUUAAGUAACUGGAUACAGUCUAUUAACACAUUACAUUUUCAUCUGGUAGACUUGUGUUCAAAACCUUGUACAGGCCAAUUAGGAUUUGCCAUCUGAAUAAAUCUGGGAACUCUGACUGCAACUCGCAGAACAUGCUGUAAUUGAGCCCAAAUCAAAAAUCACACAGAAGGAAUAUGUGGGAAAUGGAAUCUGUCAAAUUGGAGUCGAUACAAACUUUACUCGGCUGCUUGUAUGUGGUGGAGGUAGUGAUGCAAUGAAAAAGAAUGGUGGCACAGCACUGAUACACCUGAAAUUGAAAAAUAAAAAUCAGGAAAAAGAAUUGUAAGGCAUCGAAUGUGAAGUGGAAUUAAUCACGAAUUUGCAGCACUUCAUAAGAUAUGAGAAAAUUUCAGAUUUAUUGUCUACUUAUUAGUUUAUAUCUAGUUAAAGCUUUAAACCUUUCAAUGAAAAUGACUUUCUUAAACACACACUUCCAUUACUAGAUUGGAGCAGGCAUCCAAUGAAUACCCAAUUUUCACUGACUUACUGGUUUUAAUAGAUCAUUGAGGUUAGAAAGGCAACCUAUAAAUGUCCUAUUCCCAAUGUGAUUGAUUCCAAAAUAAACAAUGUUUUUGCCUUGCUGAACCUCCUUGUUUAAAGUGUAAAAAUAUAAAACUUAAAUGUUGCAUUUAAGUACCCAUUCCUAAUAUUGAUCACAGCUCUGAAACAACCACAUCUCUGGGGAAAGGCAAAUAAAAGCAGAAAUGGAUUUGACUUGGACUAAGUCCACCCUGCUUUUCAAUUCAUAUCCACCAGACUUUGAAUUGAUGUCCAACCUCCUUUGCUGCUUCUCCACCUCUGUUGUCAUUAUGAACUUGUGGAAAGACUGACUCCCACAGCUGUGUUAUCUUGCGCUGCUUAGUAUUUAUGCUUCCCAUUGCAUUCUGCAGCCAUGGGUUCUAGUGAAGGGGUGUGAGGCAGAGGCAGCAAUGUAGAUCAAGCCCCAGGCCAAAUUAUGCCCAAACUACAUUAGGGAAAGUUGGCAUAAACUUUAAUUAACUUUAAAUGUUGAAAAAAGAGACUUGAUGAGCUAAUAGUUGAGACCAGUAGUAUUUAUAUAUUUCAUGUUUUUUAAUCAAUAGGUUUUACACACAAGUAGAUAUUUCAUUAUAUUGACCAUUGUAUCUCCCCAAGAAGCUAUUGAUAUAAUUCAGUGGAAAUCUCCCAGCUCUUGAUGUUUCAGUUGAGUGGAAAUUUCUAAUAUUCUCUUAAAAAGAUUAUUUUUCAGACUGAGCUUGCAAUAUUUGUUCAUGAUUAAAAUGCCAAGAGGUGACGAGGCUGUGGGCCUCUUUGCAAGGCAGAGCUCUCACACAUAGACCCAAAAGGCAGGAACAUCGCUUGUGGAAUCAGCACUUUGCUUUUCCAGUCCUGGUUGAAACCUGUGUCUCCCUCCCACCCUGCUCUUCCCCCCGCCAAGUUGUAGUGAAAGAUUGCAAACCCACCCCAUAAUAGACUAGAGCAGGCCAGAAGUAUUUUAAGUAAUGUGUAUUUUUAACCUGUUUUCUUUUAAAAUAAAAAGACUCAAGGUGCCCACCUUUCCUGUUAAUGCACAUAUUAAACAAUGUAAUUUUAGGCUCAAGACAGGCUUUAAGGGUUCUUGGUAUUGUAAUUGUGAGCGCUUCUUUUCUAACCUGAUAGACAUUUGUCUUUGUGCCAUUAGUUCACAUCUCCUUUGGAGGGUUCAUGUCAUUGAGUCAGAUAUUAUGCCACAACUAAGAUAAGAUGAAUGAUCUGGGACUGUUUUUGCUGGAUGUGUCGUAUGUGUGGCUACAUUUUAAACUGAUUAUUAGUGCUAGUAACUCAGUGAUUCUUGUUUGACUCUUGGCCACGUUUUUCUCAAAACAUGAGGUGGUCUUGAACAGAGAUGUGUGCUUGCUUCCAGUUUGCUCUGAUCUUUUUCAAAGAAAACAUGGUCAAAAUUCUGUGCAAUCUUUUUUGCUUGUUCCUAAAGUAAAAUUGUUAAAAUAAAGCUUAUUAAAAAUA